AUGGCCUCACACGACUCCCCCUCAGACGACACGGCUGUCACCCAGAAUGACAGAAUCAAGUUCAGAUUCUGUCGCGAAUGCUCCAACAUGCUUUACCCUCGUGAGGACAAAGAAACCAACCAGCUCAUCUUCCAAUGCCGCAACUGCCAAUGGCCCACCGCCGUCGGUCCCACAUGCAUCUAUCGCAACGAGGUCUCGCACAACUUGCGCGAAACUGCUGGUGUCGUCACCGACGUAGCCUCGGACCCAACACUACCCCAUGUCGAGAGAGAUUGCGAAAACCCGAGAUGCGGAGGAAGAGACGCCGUCUUCUUCCAAAGUCAGCAACGUAACUCCGAGACGGGUAUGAAACUGUUCUAUGUCUGCUGCGAGUGCGGCAAGACUUCCACUUAA